AACUACUUUGCUCAUAGUAAAAUAUGUACAUACAUUAUUCAAAUUGUCCACGUCCUCACUUUCCCCGGAAAGAGCCUCCUCCAGGUGUGGGGAGGAGAGGGAGCGUCCAGGUAAAGCGGUCUGUACCGUCACACGGAUAAAGGUGUAACACACCGCGCAGCUGUAAGGAGCUUUCGCUUUUUUCUUUUACAGCUUUAAUAAUGAUUUUGACACAAGAAUCCAUUCUGUCUUUGCUGGUAGCGGAGGGUGGAAGAGUGAAGAAAUCCGACCUGGUUGAUAAGUUCAGAGAGUCGGUGGACACCGCGGAUCCCGAAGAAAGAGAACGGAAUAGGGAGCUUUUCAAGACUUUUGUCAACAAUGUAGCGUUUGUGAAAGAAAUCGACGGCGAACGGUAUGUUGUCCUGCGGAAAACCUAUCAGCAUUUGUUGGAAGGUCCAAAGAUCCAUGUGGAAAAGCCUGAAAAUGAAAAGAUCCCGCUGACAGGUGAGCAGCAGCGCCCACCUGCGCAGGCUGGAAGCUCUGAGGAUCAGGGAGGUGUUCAAUCAGCUGUUACUGAACCUGAUCAGGAAGAGGCAAGUGAAAGUAGUGACCAUCCCACAGAACUGCUUUCUCCCAUACAGAUGGCACUGCAAAGGAGUAAAUUUGCAAGUGUACGACUUAAAAGGUCGCUGAAUGUUGAUGUCCAGCUGCAGGAUAGAAAGGGAAUUAACUGCUCAAAUGCGCCUGUAAAGACCAAGCCAUAUGCCUUGCCUCUGAGGAUGCCCCCCAGCGCCACUAAAGUGGAGAUCCACAAACUUAAGCCUGACCCAGAUGAACCCGAAGAACAUCCAAAAACGGAUGCUUUCAGGGACAAGAGAAACAAACUUAAGCCUGACCCAGAUGAACCUGAAGAACACCCAAAAACAGAUGCUUUCAGGGACAAGAGAAACAAACUUAAGCCUGACCCAGAUGAACCCGAAGAACACCCAAAAACGGAUGCUUUCAGGGACAAGAGAAGGAUGCCUUCGGCGGAGAGCAGCACCGGCUCACCCCAACUAAGGAGGGCAGCGAAGAGCACCAAGGCAUCAGAGGAGCACAAAGACACCAGGAUUCCCUCUAUGUUUCCCCUGGAGCACUCAGAGCAUCAGUGGCUCGUCAAUUGUGCCGCCGGCCACUGGAGCCAGGCUUACGGCCUGCUGCUCAGAGACAACCAGCUGGCCGAGAAGAAGGACUUCAUGUCAGGGUUCACUGCUCUGCACUGGGCAGCCAAAACUGGGAACAGCGACAUGCUUGUGAAGAUUAUCGAAAAAGCCAGGCAAGGAGGGGUUCACGUUGACAUCAAUGCAAAAACACACGGGGGUUACACUCCUUUGCACAUUGCUGCAUUGCAUGACAAGCAAUAUAUCAUUGGCAUACUGGUGAAGGAGUACGAAGCCAACAUAAGCAUCAGGGACAACUAUGGCAAGAAGGCCUGCCACUAUCUCCACAAAGACGUUUCUGAGUCUGUGAGAGAGAUGCUUUGUAAGCCCAAACCCCAGCCGGCAGAGGACAGGGCCCUGCAUGAGAAAGAGGAGCUGGAUUUGUUCCCGGAUCUCUCCAAGGGCCUGCAUUCAAUAAGCCGCCUCUUUCAACCAAACGUGACAGGCCACAAAAAGAAGCACAAGCAGCGGCCGGGCCUGUACUCCCUGAACAACGACCCCAUCGAAGAGGGAGAAGACAGCGGCACCGGCUUCAGGCACAGGCCCAUGUCAGAUGUUUUUAUGUGAAAGCAAAGCUCUUCCCUGACGGAAAACACACCAAUGACCUUAAAAGGAUUUGGUUAAUGCUCUCUUUUUUUAUUUUUAGCCUACUUUCUGCAGUUAUUAUUGGAGAUAAUGAUACAAAAAACAUGUGGAGGGAUUCUAUAGAAACACAAUUUAAGUGGUUAAGAUCAAAGAGAAAAGAUUUAAAAAACCUCGAGGUCAGCAGACGCUGUGUGUGACUUUACCUGCAUGAGGUGAAUGUCAGACAAUGGUGGCUCCUGUGAGUCGUCUUAUUACUCACACAAGUGUGGGCUUUUGUAGGUGUGGCCCCUUUAGUCUGUCUGUUUUCAAUUGAACUGAGCUUUAAAGUUGUACAGAGAAUUUUCUACUGAGUCAUUUCAAUUAAGACCAAAGCAUCAUCACCUGAGAGGAAUCUGCGUGUUCAGCAAACUGGUAUUAAGGACUAAUGUAUAAUAUCACAGCAUUACAGUCACAGGAGUUAGCAUGUGGAACAAUUGUACAGACAAAGUGGAAAAAAAUAGUACAUCACUACAUAACUUCACAGACCAGCUGAAAAACAACAAACUGAAUGAAUAUAGGAAAUGUUCCUCUCGGUGAUUGAGUUGUUUCAUUGUGUUCUUAUGAAGCCUUGUCUUCAUUUUUGUUGUUUAAGGUGAGAAUAACCCUCUUUUUUUGUAAAAAAGGAGUAGGUCUCAAUAAGUGUUUAACUUCUAAAUACACCCGUUGAGGUGUAGUAUGUAUAUAGUAUGUAAAAUUUAAGAUGAUUUCAUAUUGUGUUUAUAUAUCACACAUGGAGUGUUAGGAUGGUUUCCUUGUUUUUUCUUCUGUUUAUGUUUUUUAUAUGAAUACUAUAGCCAGAAUUAACUAAACUAAAAUAAAUGUAGUGGUUCAGACCAGUUUUCCAGUUCAUGCCUUUAAAAAAAUUAAGGUGUCUGUUUAUGUAAUCGAGCUUCCAUGUCCGAUAAGUCGUGCCAUGAAUUCUCUUCCACUGUGAUGUCGAACGGGCUGUUUUUCUUUUAACCGCAGACUUUAAUCUGGUUGAUCUUUUUUUGUUUUUGUCAAAGUACCCGUUCUUAUUCUUCUUUUGAUUUCAAGCUAAAGCGUACAUACUGACAGGAAGUGAAUGCAGAAUAAAGACAUUCUGUUACUCAUUUACUGAGAUCAA